CAUUCUACGUUCAUUGAGUGAAGUGUUCUGACUCAUCGUAAACAAGUACGGGAAUUCCGAACACGUUUUAACAUAGUGUGGCGGACAAAACAUUUCGGCUGUCAAUGAUUUAACUUUUUUGUCGCGUUUAAACAAAAAAUACAGUAUCGAAUGGUUUAAUAAAGUGUUUGUUAACUUUUUCGGUUAAACCAUCCAGUUAUUUACUAGAAUUAUGGCUAUUUUUAAUUUGGAUUUUUGUUUGGUGUUGCUAAUUUGUGUUCUGGGAAUCCGUGGGAUUAAAGAUCAAGACUGCAGCGCGAAUACCAUUCAAAGUAGUGAUAACAAUAUGAGAUUCACCAAAGAAGCAACUUUUGCGGAAUUUGCUGUCGUUGGUAAACACAAGGCGUUGCACUGUUGCGCUAAGGGCUACAGAACUAUUGAAUGGUAUAAAGACGACAAACCAUAUCCAUGGGCAUUGGACACAUCAGGACUAAUCAUAAAUCCACCAAGUGGUAAUCAAACUAUUUACGUUCAAUCCGUACAACAGAAAGACCAAGGAAGUUAUACCUGUUAUAUACGAAAUGAAACUACUGUGUUGGUUCAUAGAAUUCAACUGAAAAUAUUUGAUAAAACUCCAGACGAACCAAAGAUCACUUAUAUCACCGAAAAGGCUAAUGUAGUUGUUGGUGAUAACUUAAGACUAUUUUGCGAAGCGUUUGUUGGACAAGUAGACCUGCCUGAUGCACACAGCGAUGCAUAUUGGAAGAAAGUUUCUCCAAACGCUACCAUGAUAGACCUUCCAUCUCAUGUGGAACAACUUAAAACAGCAAGAGAAAAUGGUCAAACACUUGGAACUUAUCUCAUAAUUAACGAAACCAAGCCAGAGGAUCUCGCACAAUAUGUUUGUAUAAUUACCAAACCAGGAAUUACGAUUGAAAGAUACGUUUAUGUUCGAGAAAAAAGCGAAGAGGUUGUUUAUUUAGAUCCAAACCCAAUCCCUGUAGGAAAAAUGAUGAUAAUAUUGCCUCUGAUUGUCUUCGUAGUGAUCGGUCUUCUUAUUAUCUACUGGAAAUACGGUCUUAAAAUACAAGUCCGCCUAAAGGAUACUCUUAAUUCAGUGGAAGAUAACGAUGGUAAAGAAAAGGACGUCCUCAUUAUAUUCGCACCUCAAGAUACCGAAAUUGCCCAAGGGGUGCUGUUGCCAACUUUACAGGAUAAAUAUAAUUACAAAUGUGGUGUCAAAGAGCUGACAUCUACUAUCAAUAAAUGGUACACGGACUUGAACGAGGAAGCCCAAAAAUAUCGAAGAAUAAUUGCUGUGCUAUCACCAACUUUAAUUAAAGAUAAUUGGGAGUCGAAUCAGCUCAGACUCGCUUUGAAGCAACUAAAAUCGCUCGGACCACAGUUGAUCUGCAUUUCGCUGAAAGAACUUCCCAAAAAUGAAAACGAAGAGAAAGAUGCUCAAGGAGAAACGUUGAGUACUUUGAUAAGAUCAAUUGGCGUUAUCCUAUGGGAGAGAAAAACUGAUGAAACAUUCUGGUAUGCCCUUCGUCUCAAGCUUCCACCUAAAAGAAAAACCGAAUCUGAAACUGUCAGAAGUUCAACCACUGAUUCAAGACUAUGUGAUAAUUCUCAAGAAUGCUUGGAGAACAUGGUGUAAAAUUUGCUUAAUUGUCUAUUAUCUGAUGUGCAUCUUGUAUAUAUAUUUUCUAAUAAUAUUCUGAAGUAGCGAACCACUUCUUGGUAAACUAGUUAAAUGUAAAAAAGUGUCAUAUUUAAAUACUUAAAAGUAUGUGUAAAAUAAAAUAUAUGUUUAGGUGUAUGUCGUCACUGCAUUUUGGAAGUAGCAUUAAAUACCUACAAAAAUGUACUGUAUGUGGCUGAUAUAUAUGAGUGAGACUAGCCAAAUGUGUUUAAUUAUAGCCAAAAGAUACUUCUUAGAAUAUAUAAUUCCGAAUAAUUUCUUUCUGCCAAAACGUGCACGAGAGUUUUGCCUAUGGAACCGAGUUUAUAUCACGACAAUUAUAGGAACAAAUUUACAUAACGGAGUGUUUAGUGAAGCUAUAAAUUUUUUAAGCAUAAAAAACAUUUUUUUCUUGCACUAGGGUGUCUAUUUUGAUCUGUAAUUUUCAAUUUGUUAUGUGACAGAAUUGAAAGUUAUGAUUUUAAAAAUCUAAAAUAAGAACAAUCGUGAAAGAGAUGGAAUAGUAGUUAGAUUAACAUAACAGUGAAAUAGUUCAAAAUUUCACUAAACACGCCAUUGUACAUCUAAUUAUAAUUUAAACUUUCUAGAGGCAAUACUGUCGUGAUCACCAAUUUAAACACUAAUAUAAAUGACAGUUGGUUAUUAAUUCGUAGAUUGUGAUAUUAAUUAAAUAUGUCGUUUUAUUUGAAUUUUCGUUUAUUAGAUAAUAAAAAUAUGGUCAAAUGAAAUAUUUGCAAAAUAUCUUUAUUGACAACUUGAUUCGCUCUAUUUCACUUUACAAAUGUUUCAGCUAAUUUUUACCAAACCAAAUUUAAAUCAAUGACAUUUGUGUUAUGUAAUUCCCAAGAGAAAUUAUCGAAAUUUUGUUGUAAAAUUUAAAAUUAAUCAACUGUCAAUUUACAACUUGAGUGAGAAUUUGAUCGGCUAGAUCUUAUUUAGACUAUACAAUCCGAAUUUGUAAUUAUUACUACGACUUUAUACUUUAAAACAAGCCAGUUUUUAACUAUUUAUUAAUCUUUUAUUAUUUAUCUGAUUUUAACUGCAUUUAAUUCAGUUUCACUCGAACUGGCUUUUGUGUAUGUAUGUCACAAAGUUAGAAUAGAUAGAGGGAACAUGAGAGGCAAUCUUAAAAAAAAUCGUAUUCACCAGAUUUAGUAUAAAAAUAGAUGUUUAAAAAAUCUAAUUUUAUAAUUUUUUAACUUAUUAUUAGUGUUACGGAUCAUAUUUAAGGCCUGAAGUUUCUCUUUUACUCUUUUGUAUAAGUGAUUUAUCAUUCAAUUAAGUAAGUUUUCAAAUAAGAGAAAAAUAAUUUAUUAAUAAUUAUAAUUUAAAUAUUAUUUACAUUUUAUGUGUGACAGACAACUUUUUUUUAUCUCUCUCUCAUCCUACCUCUAUCUGGUCUAUAUAUCCUAGCUCUGUGGUUUCUGUAUUAUAAUAUCCAUAAUUUAAAUAUUUUUAUAUUUUGUUAUAUAAAUCGACUGAAAUUAUAUCUGUAAUGGGAUUCUCAUCUUUUGAUAUGUUACGUAUCGAGAAGCGAGUCUUAUGUACCUAAUUCGCUCUAUUCGAUAUGUGCCAUGUCAAAUUAAUACAUAGGAAACCCGGUGCAGUAGUUAAAUUUAAAUUAAGGUUAGAAUGAGUGUCAGUCAAAUGACAAAAAAAUUAUAUCGAUUUUGUAUGUUUACAUUACUUAUUUAACUUCAAUAUUGUGAUUUUCCUUAUAUAUUUUUGUACUUUUAGAAAUGUAUUACGAAUAUUAUAAAUGUUGAUAUAAUAGCUAUGUGUAUUGGGGGCGAAAAAUGAUACUUUAGCUCUUGAGACAAAAUAUGGCCUGUGCGAUGCUUAGUAUCGAAAGCGGCAAUGAACUUUUCUUUUGAAUUGCAGACAAGAUUUUUUUCUACGAUCACAUUCUUGUAAUAAAUAGAUAUAUUUUUAAAAAUUGGGGAAGGGACAAUACUUAAAGUCAAUAUUAAAUAUUUAAUAAAACAAAAUAGGAACAAGAACAGUUUUGUAAUAUUCAAAAUAUUUAACGAUUUAAUAACUACAUGCCUACAUAUUCAUUAAUGGUAAAUUACUAUCCAAUAUUCACGGAAAAUAACGCCCCCUGGGGGUCUACUUUAACAUAAAAAUAGUUUUUUUGGUUACAAGUGGUUAUAACCUAUUGCCACAAAACCAUUUUUGGUAAAGUAGACCCAUGUUAUGUUAUGUUGAGAAUGGGGUGUUCAUACACUGCGACCUAAAAGAUCUAUUGUGCCCCCUUCUGUCGUCACUGCACUAAGGAAAUGUCUCAAUGCCUAUAGCGAACCUUCCAAUCCUAUUUUCUCAAGGAAGUGUAGGAUUUGAAGUUGCUUCAAGUUAGGUAAAUCUCCCUCUUCUAUUUGAUAUCCUCCUAGAUAUAGUGCCCUUGGAUUCUGGAGUGCUACACAUUCAGUUAGGAUGUGAAUGGAGGUUUCGUCCUCCUCCUCACAGAAUCUGCACUCACUAUCCUCUUCUACUCUCAGUUUAUUUAGGUGUCCUUUCAGUCGGCAAUGCCCGGUAAGGAUCCCUGUUACAAUACGUAGCCUGUUCUUGCUCAGGCAGAUGCAGGCUUCCGAUCUUUCCUGGUUAUAUUCACCCAGAAGUAUCUUGGCCUGUCUCAGCCCCAAGAGAUUGUUCCAAUUAUCGGUUCUUCUACUACCCAAUUCUUUUUUAAUCUCUCCUAAUAUUAUGUUACUGCUGAUACCGCAGAAUGGCUCAGGUCCUACAAAGGGUGUUUGAUCCCCUUUCCUUGCAAGACUAUCUGCAAUCUCGUUACCCUGUACCCCGUUAUGUCCCGGGACCCAAGUGAGAGUAACUCUAUUUUUCUCGCCUAGCUCAUUCAAUUGUUCUAGGCAUCUCCAUACCAUUUUUGAGCUGAUUACGUAAGAGCUCAGCACUUUGAUGGUUGCUUGACUAUCGGACAUGUUGAUAAUCUCUUGUCUAUGAUAGUUUCUCUCGAUAUUAAACUGGAUACACUUCUCGAUGGCGUGAAUUUCCGCCUGGAAGAUGCUUGGGUAUUUUCCCAAGCUUUCGGAGUGCUUGGUUCUCGGCCCAUACACUCCUAUUCCAGUUCCUUCUAUGGUUUUGGAACCGUCCGUAUACCACUGAAUAGCACGUCUUUCGGUUGCAAGCGCGAUGGAUUCUUGGCUCCAUUCUUUCUUGCAGCCCAGCUCUGUGGUUUUGAAGUUUUUUACAAAACUGUACUUCUUUUGCAUUUCAUCCUGGGGCAUGUCCCAGGUAUCUUUAGUCCUGAAGCAAGUAGACUUUCGUCUGAUUACUCCGUUCCUGAUCAUUCUAUAUUGUGUCCUUUUUGCCACAUUCUCUAUCAUUAAAUGUAGAUGGGUGAGGUUUAAGAUCACCUCCAAAAGUAGACCCAUAGAGAGCGUUGAUUCUAAAUAAGGUACACAAAUUACAAAUUGUUACUUAAUAUAGUAUUCUUUAGGUUAUUUUGGGAGAUUUAAUCUUGAAUCUUGGAUUUUCAAUAUUAGGCUUCCUUCCAGAAAGUAAAAGUUUAGUUCUCAAAGUUUGCUCUGUCAUAUCUUUUAAAUUUUCCAAUUUGUCAUAAACUUUUAUUGGGCACUUUAGCUUUUUUAUUUGAACUUCCAUAAUUUGCUUUAUUCAUGAUGCUUUUCCGAUAGGACUAUCGGCCCAUUUUAAAGUUUCGGUCGAUUUGGAUUGUUUCACCGAAUAUACAAUUAUUUCUAUUUGCUCUGUACUUUGCACUGGCUAUUUUUAUUUGUGUUAAACAGUUUGCAGUUUCUUUUUGCGAUGAAUUUAUUCUUUGGCAGUUUAAAUCAAAUAAAUUCAUUGCUAGAGUCGCUUCCAUAACUAAAGUUAAAAGAGUGAUUUGAUUCCUCAGUUUCCCAUGGAGGAGAAAUAGUAUGAAUUAAACCAGUAGAAUCCAAUAUUUUUACGUUUAGUAAUUUUAGACUCCGACUGCGGGUAAAAUCAUUUCGUAAGUUUCAUUGAAAUUUGUGCUUGUUUCAUUGGAAGAUACAUCAAACAAAUGUCCAUUUUUACUUAAAUUGUGAGAUGUAGGGUUCCUGUACAUAUUCUGUGCUACCUACCGUUUGUUUUAGAAUUCUGUCUGUAUGCAUUUUAUUAUACAGGGAUUUCAUUUCAAAACUAGCCACCCAAAAUAACUUUUAAAAUAUCCUAAGCGGUGGUGAAUAUCACUUCUAAAAUUUUAAAUAGAAAGGGGUAUCAUGUGAUAGCUCUUCUUAAAGGUCUCUUUUUUUCCAAUCUUUUGACACAUUAUUUUUUUAAAUCGGAUUAAUUUUUCACCAAGUUAUGCCAUUUUAACCUUUUAAAUUAAAAUAAUUAUUAUUUACAUUGUAUUUACAUUAUUAAUAUUUUAUUUGCGUAAGAAUUACAUUGUACUUAAAUAAGAUGUUCAAAAUGUCCGCCAUUGUUGGCAAGGAAAUGGUAAAGUCGCAACUCGAAUUCAUCCCGCACUUUUUGAAGGGUCUCUGGUGUAAUCCGCUCACACUCCUCCACUAUUCUACGUCUAAGUUCAGGAAUAUCGCGAGGUUGAGUUUUAUUCACCACAGUUUUUAGAUGUCCCCAUAAAAAAAAGUCAAGGGGCGUUACGUCGGGUGAUCUCGCUGGCCAUUCUAUAGCGCCUCUUCUUCCGAUCCAUUUAUCUGGAAAUGUCUCAUUAAGCCAAUUUCGUACAGGCAAGGCAUAUUGUGGAGGUGCUCCGUCCUGUUGAAAAAAUAGGUUAUUACCAAGAAUUCCGGCCCAUACGUUGAUUUUCUGAGGAUAUUGGCUGUGCUCUUCCCGAAAAACAUGUGGAUUUGUAUUGUCCCAGUACCUACAAUUAUGUUUAUUGACAAAUCCAUUUAAAAAGAAACCUGCCUCGUCAGUAAAACAAAUAUUUUUAAUAAAAUUAUGGUCUUAAUUUGCCCUUUAAGUCAUUAAUUCGCAAAAUUCUAAUCUUCUGUCAUAAUCAUCCUCAGCAAGCUGUUGUAAAAGCUGUAUUUUGUAAGGAAAAAAAUUAUUUAGCCGUAACCUUUUAUGGACAGAGCCAACGGAAAUAUUCGUUAAUCUGGAGACUUUUGGUAUUGAUGUUUGAGAUUCCAUGAUAAAAUCUCAACUUGUGCAGCUUCAGUUAAAACUCUACGAUUCCUUACAGUUUUAUUGCACACACUUCCAGUUUUUUGAAAUUUAUGAACUAAAUCCAACACAUACUGAUGCCCAACAUUUUUAUCGGGAUGUCGCUGAUUAAAAACACGAGCAGUUCUGCGUGCACAGCGUUGUUCUUCACCAUAAAUAAAGAUUUAUUUCAAUUCUUUCUUGUAAAGACUAAACCAUUGUCGAAAUUAAAUUGUCAGUACACAAUGAAACCAAUAAUCUACUAAUAAUAAAUUGUUUUAAUUUACGGUCAAAAAUAUCUUACGCAAAAAACAUUUAAGGCUUUUUGCUAACUUGUUUAUCUCGGUAUUUAUACUCAUGCAUUUUAAUUCAAUAUUUUUUCCGGUUUCUAGGUUAUAACUUGGUGAAAAAUUAAUCCGAUUUAAAAAAAUAAUGUGUCAAAAGAUUGGAAAAAAAGACCUUUAAGAAGAACUAUCACAUGAUACCCCUUUCUAUUUAAAAUUUUAGAAGUGAUAUUCACCACCGCUUAGGGGAUGAAACUGCACGGUUACAGAUACUUGUUUUUUUGUUUUAAAGAUAUUUUAAAAGUUAUUUUGGGUGGCUAGUUUUGAAAUGAAAUCCCUGUAUAUGUUAAGCAACGCAAAUCAUUGUUUUUAUUCAUUCCAAUCUAAUUGUCUUGACAUUUUACUGAUCGAUGCUCCGUAAAAGAUUCAGUGAUUUUUCUGACAUCGUCUUGCAUAGUUAAAAGAGUUGUUGACAGUUCAACGAGUUCCAUCUUAAACAAUGCAAAGAAACUAAAUUAACACGGGCGGUCAUGUGGAUAACAGCACAAUAAUGGGAUGGAUUAUAGAUCAUUAUGCAAAGGCACAUCAUGGUCGAGCAAUUUAAUUUGUUGACCCAGACAUCUAUAUUCCAAACAAUUCAAAAGAUUUAAAGAUGUCUUGGUCUGAUACAAGCCCUUAUUGCAUUUAUUUUAGCUUGAACUUGAAGAAAAUUAAUAAAAGUUUCCUUUUUCAAAAUUUGGUGCUCGUUGGUAGCAAGGUAAACUUACAUCAAAUAAAAUACAAACUGGCAAAAAUAGAUCAUCUCUAUCUGUAGCCGUUUAUCUAUGUAAUGUUGACUUCUAUCCGUAUUUACAAUCGCCCCGUAUACAUAAUAGCUAUUCCUCAGCAUAUAUAUUUUAUAUUUUGAUUGGGUAUAGCCCAAUAAACGUGCAUGGUCCAAAUCUAGAUGUUCUCGUACCGACGGGCCAGAGCAGCGAAAGUAUUAAUUAUACAAUUUCUAUUAUUUUUCCUUUUAUAUCUUAAAUUAUGUAUUUUUCAAAAUAAACAUAUUGUUAA